UGGCGUUUGUGUCUUGGUACACAACGCAUUAUUCUAUCUUGGCUUCGUAACAUAAAGAUAUUUGUGUUUAUGGUGGUCGAAUUGUUUGAAAUAAUUGCUCGUAUUAUGGAAAUAAGUAUUUCUUAAAAUAAAAACGAUUGAAAGUGACAUUGCAGGGUUUUUAGGUUAUGUUUCCAUCUUUUAUUGGUAUUUUAGACAUUCAAUCAUGGUGGGAAGUCCCCAGCAUCGCGUACUUUUGUUCCCUAUUCAGGACUGCAUUCAAUCUUCUGGAUUUUGACAUCGAAGAAUUGGAAGAAGCACUUCUAACAGAUGGAACAGAAGAAUCGGCUAGUUCCCUCCUGACUGAACUGAUAGUACGCCUUCUAAAUGGUUGUUUAGGCAACAAUGACAUCUCCGCCUUUAAUUAUCAGAUGUAUUUGAGGCGUCUCUUCAGAAGAAAAUGUCAAGAAACAGGAAGGUACAACCCAUUCAAUACUGACAUCGAUUUUCAGUUUCUGCCACUGCGGACAAAAGUGGAGAUUUUAUAUGCAUUAUGUGAUUUCCGUUUAGAGGCAGAAGAUGUAUUUGAUUUGUUCAAGAAUCUAGAAGCUGAGAGUUUGAGAGUGGAACCACUGGGAUGGGAUGACAACUCAUCAGCUUACUGGUAUUUUUAUGGAACAAGAUUAUAUAGAGAAGACAUUAUAAAGAAAUCAAAAGGAAAAAAUAAGAAGAAGAAGAGCAAAGAAAGCAAGAAGCGGGGCUGGUUUUAUGGUGAUGACUGGCUUGAUGAUGAUGAUACGGAAAGAGUGUGGCAGGUGGUGUGCUUCACAGAAGAGGACUGGAGCCACCUGACAGAAAAGUUUAGUAAAGCCACCAGCAAAGUUGAGAAAGAGCUGUACCGAUCACUGUCACAGAACUUUUUACCAGAAAUUCCAAGACUUUUCCAAGAGAAAGAGCGACUGCAGCGAAAAAGGUUAUUAGAGCUACUACCACGACGUACAUCAAGCCGCGUACUUCAGAAGAUCAAACAAAAGGAGGAAGAAGAGAAGCAGAGUACGCAUGAGGUCAAAGAGGAAGAGGAGGACAGCAAAGAAACGCCAGACCUUGCACGCGAGAAUAGAGCUAAGAGAAGGAACUUGAUUCGAUCAAAGUCAGAGUCAUCUGAUUCUUCACAAAACACAGAAAGCGAAAAAGAAGAAAUGCCUCAAAAGGUGUCAAAGCGGUCCAAGAGCCAGGACAAGCGGUCAAAAAACUCGUCGGCUACACAAAAAGGCGAGCCGCCACCAGAGCCUCUAAUAAAAACAGGAAGAAAAACAAAUAAUUCGUUAGCGUCCGCUACGGGGCAAAUCUUGAUUUCCGAUAAUGAACCCGUCAACAGUACCAGGAAGAAACUUAAGACUUCGCAAAUCUUUAGUCAAAUGGAUGAAGAUGUACAGACUGACAUGUAUAAAGUCCUAGAACAACUGACUGCUCACGAAGAUGCGUGGCCAUUCAUGGAUCCUGUUGAUGAAAAGUUUGCUCCAAAUUACUAUGCUGUAAUAAGACGACCCAUGGACUUAAAGAAAAUGGAAGAACGCCUCGACAGUGGCUAUUAUACAGAUUUUUCUUUGUUCAAGGCAGAUUUCAAAUUGAUUGUGAAUAACUGUCGAUUAUUUAACGGACAAGAUAAUGAGUAUACAAUGAUGGUUGAUAAUCUGCAAGUAGCUUUUGACCGCCUAACAGAAAAGUAUAUACAUAGGUUAUCGUCAUCAGAUGAAGAAAUUGCUGUAGAAUAUCAGUUGCCAACACCUUCUCGAAAACAUAAGUUAAAAUCUAGUGAAUCUCCCAAUCGCCAUAAAAGGAAAAAACGGAAAUCUCAUUCAGAAACAGGUGAACCAAAAUCAAGUACAUCUGUUCAAGUACAAGAAACACAAGACGAUGAUCUCGAUCUUAAAACAUCAGAAACGAAGAAAUCCAAAGAUUCUCACAAAGACGGUAAAGGAAAAAAGAAACGAAAGGGUCAUCGACAUGGUAAACAUUCCAAAAAUCACAAGAAAGAUUCUCAUAAAUCUGGCCAUGGUGAAUCUUCGAAAAAACAAAGAAAACACAACAAAAAUAAAGAUAAAGAAGGUAAGAAGUCAAAGAAAAAAAAGACUAAACAUCCAGAGUCUGAUACCGAAGAGAUUAUUAAGCGCGCGCCAUCACAAGAAUCUUUGGAAAGCUCUAACAGAAGCAGAAGUGCUAGCCCCUUACCAUCUAUACAUACACCUUCACCAUCGCCCACAGAACUUGACAAGCCUGAACAGGCAGAUCAGUUAUCUGAUCCCGAUUUCUUCAAAGACAAAUAUGAUAAAAUUAAAGAAAGAAGACGCCAUGCUGCUAAAGAUGCGUGGGAAUCACUCUUUGAUUACAAACAAAAGGCUGCAGACAAGCAAAAUCUGCACAUACCAGAAAAAGACAAGAAUCAAAAACUGAGGGAAACAAUUGAAAAACUUAAAGCUAAAAAUGAAAAAUACAAAGAUCCAUCUAUUUUCAAUAGUUUGUUUACACCUGGGCAAAGUAAAGUAGAAAAAAUCUCUGACAGUGACAAAGAUGCUAAUAAGAAUGGUGACAAUGACUUCUCAGAUAGCGAUACCCCGAAAAGCAAAAUGACUACUAAAAAGAAUAAUAAAAAGAAUGCGGCUAAAAAUGAAUCUGCCUCUGAAGCACUGGAACAAGCUGUAAAAGAUAUAAGCAAGUGGUUAGAUGACGCUCCGAAAGGAUCAGCUGUAAGCUCGCCUUGUGACAGUCCUUCUCAAACAAUAUCUACGGAAGAACACGAGAAUAGUCGCCUAGAUGACGAAUUUUCACAAGGUGAGAAAACUCUAUUUAUGAGGAAGGAAACACGAAAGCGCCCAUCUUCUCGUGAACCGAAAAUGGUUAAAAGAAGAGAAAUUCAAAGAACUAUUGAUAGAUUACAACCUGGUAAAGGUAAGGGAAAUUUACUGACAAAUAUAAGCAACAAAAAUUCUGAAAAACUUGAAGAAAGUGCCCCCCUUGGUUCACUAAAUAAAACACGGGAUACAAACAAAACAGAAGAAUCUAGUCCAAAGCUAAGCCUUGGAUCUGUGUUGCCGACUGUCGAAUUUGCUCUUGGGAAAGAUCACAACUUUACCGAUGAAAAUAAAUCUGAAGAAUUGAAAGAUAAUAGUAAAAUGCUAGAAAAUGAAAAAUCUGUUCAAAAAGAAGAUUUGACACAAGAGAAUAAAAACGAAGAGACAAUGGCACAGUGCACUAAGAAAGAUGCUGAAGUUGAAACUGAAGCACCCAUAAUUACAAAACCCAGUCAAGAAAAAGCCACUCCUAAUUUAAGCGCAUGGUUCAAAGCAUUUGGUGCACCUAAAAGUACUUCGACAAUAACUGUUGUAAAGAAAAAGGUUGAGGAUAACACCGAUGUCGAUGAAAAGGCAGAAAAUACAAAUAAUGAUAACAAAUCUUCCAGUCCUAAAACUGCUACUAAGUAUGAUUCACCAACUGAUCCAGAAACGCCAAAUCCUGAUGGAGGAGAUAGUCCUUUGCCUAAUACAAUAGCGACACCUAGACAACGGCGCACCAGCACGGGAAGCUCUGUAUCGGAGAGAUCUUCUUUCAGUCAAGAUCUUGAUUCACCUAGACAUCAAAUGUCGCACACUUCGCCUUUGCUUCGUUCGCCAGCUUCUCCAAGAACAGAUGACUUCCAAAAGAUAACAUAUCCAAUUAUAAAUGGCACAGUUAGAGCUGGAUUUUAUCAAGACACAACAUCAAUUAAAAGUAGUCCUGAAAAGAGUUGCAGUCCUCGUGAAGGCCCACAGUCACCGUAUUCUCCAUAUUCCCAACAUGUUUAUGCAUCUAAUACUAAUACUGUGUUAGGAUCUACAACGCCGAAUUAUUUUGUAGACCAUAACAAAAGCCCUAUUGCAACAUAUAAUCAUAAUAAUCCACCUCCGUAUUAUGAUGCAACUAAAGGACCCUUAACAAACAAGCCUACUGGCCCUCAUGGAGAUUAUACUGCACUUGGCCCAGAAUCCUAUCAGCCAGCUCCUUUUGGUGGAUCAUUCUCACCAGCUCAUACAACAUAUCCACAACCUUCAUCAUCUAAUUAUUCUCAGACUCAGCCCUCACCUCAACCUGUUACAUCAAUACAGACUCCAUUAGUUAAUACAUCACAAAUUAUAUCUGACUCUAAACCUUCUCUUUAUCCUGUCAAGAAAAGAACUUACAAUGAGCCUGAAAUACCAAUUGUGCCAACUAAAAAGAUUGCAGACAACAAAGAAACUAUAGCCCCUGCUCAAAACAAGAAUGACUUUCAGAAAAUCUCUCAGACUCAUUCAAUAACACCUUCUGUGGAUGACAUUGCACUUGCAUUGACUGAAAAAUCUGAAUUGGCUAAAUUAAACAGUUUGCGCGAGAAACAAAGUGCAAUUGAGUACUUAGAACGAAGAUCUACAGACAACAGAGAGAAUAAUACUUUUGACAACAUUGAGAAUAUCCAUGACAGUAAGAAAGACAAUUAUGACACUGCUAAACCUAUUGGAAUAACCAAAAAAGAUAAUGUAGACAUGGUUAACAUGGGGUACAUGAAUCCAGACUGUGACAGAAGAAGUAGUGGAGACAUUGAUUUUACUUCAACCCGUGAUGUAUCAAAAACAUCCAUAAAUCAGCAAAAGGGUUAUGAAGUUGAAGCCAUUGCUAUUAACCUUGGAUUAAAUAAUCAACAAUUGCAAAAAUCUAUGACACCAAAAGUCAGCACCAAUUCUAAUAAUAUACCUCUUGCACAUUCACAUGAUCGCUCUGAGAUGAUGUCUCAAAACUUGGUUCAUGCUCACCAUAAUCAAUAUGAAACCAUGCCAACUGGUCAAUCUAUAAGUAAUUUCUCUUUAAAUGAUAUAGAAUUGGCUAAUAAAAAAUUGUAUACUUGUAAUACAACAUCAGCAGGUGCCAUUGAUUAUGGUAAUUGGAAAAUGAAUAAUCCUGCUCGAAAACAAGAUAUGGUGCCACCUGAAUAUCCAACCAACUACAGUGCAAGCAGUUCAGAGAAAACGAAAUCGGAUUUAAGUGCCCCUAACCAUAAUAUAGUACACUAUAAUAAGAAUGUGCAAAAUCAGCAGUUUAGUAACUAUGUUGCAGCUCAGAGGAGCAACAUUCAAAGGACACAGGAGCUGCAACAAAAUUUGCCUGCUGAAUUGAGAAUCCCUAACCCAAGAGGUCUUCUCAAGAAUGAUCAUAUGAGUGUAACUUCCUCUAUAAGUGAUAGUGAAUUGAUUGCCAAAAAUAUUGAUACACUUGCCAAAUCUCAAAAAACUGAUAAACUUGUGCAAAAUCAUCCACUGGUUAAUUCUAUUCAAUACAAAGCGCCCUACAGCGCGCAUUCUUCGCUUCCAUUGGAAAGUCUUCGUAAUUUACCCAAGAUUCCGCAAAUGUUAGAGCGUUACACCAAUGAAGAGAGAUAUUUGUCAACCUUUGCAGGUGGUUCUGCCACUUCCUUAUAUCACCAUGAUAAGACUUUCCAAAUGGCACAAAUGUUCAAUAAAAGCAUAGCUUCUGAGGUGCACCCAGCAAGUACCUCGGUCAGUAUAUAUUCCCAGCCACCUGCAGCAUUGAGUAAAGACAACAGUAUUCAAAAAUCUAGCAGUAUUUCUUCUACUUCUUCUGAUUCAAAAGCCAAGAAUAAAAGAAAACGAACCACAGACUCUAAUAAACAAGCUCAAAUUGUUGGUAAUCAGGCAUAUCAUACGUCGCCAUGUGCCACUGACGUAUUGUCUUCUGUUAAAACGGGUAUGAUGCCGAGUAGCGCAUUCAAUUUUGGAGCUUCCACAAAUAUGGCUUUAGGCAGCGGACUUUACGGGGAUAAUGGAGGAUUUUCUAUUGAGGAUUUCCGAAAUACAAAUUUAAUGGCAGCAAAUUAUAUGGCAGCAGCUGUAGCACAUCAGCAACAACGAAACAACGCCGAGACAAGUGCGGAUAAACUGGUGAAACCGGCGCAUCAGAAUACCAGCCAUCCUACUAGCUCAUUUCCGUUCAUAGGGCAUUCCCAAGUGCGCGGCGGGUACGGGUACGUGGGCGCGGACGGGUCGCCGCUGUACCAGCAGUACCUGCAGCGGCACCAGGAGGAACUAUUCCGGCAGACAGGCGCACAGAUCAUGGGCCUGUACCCGCCCGGCUACCCCGCUGGACUCGGCGUCCGGCAGCCCUACGACUCUAUCAACAGACCCUCGUGGCUCUAGGCGCCAAUCUAGAAUUAGUUUUAAAUGAAAACUCAUUAAUAUAAUCAUAAAUGUGACAAUUAUUGUUAUAGGAAUUGUAAUUUAUAUUGUUUGUAGAAUUUAAAUAGCAUUUUUGUGACUUUUAUAUUUAUAUUUUUUUAUUAUUUGCGAUCAUGACAACCUUCCAAUUGCAAUUUAUUUUCUAUAAUUUUUGACAAUAGCUUUUCUUUUUACAGUAAAUUUGCGAUCCCUGCCCGUUUUAUAGAAAAUAUCCUCCGUGGCAUCCCUGCCUGUUAUUGAUUGUCAACGAGCAGGGAUGCCAACAAAGAACUUGCCUACUAUGAAACUCAAUAAACUAUCACACUGGUAUAACGUGUAACGAAAAGAAAGAAAAACAUUUAUUAGUUAUUUAAAAUGUAUUGUUGUGUGUCCGAGGAAGAAUUCAAUUAAGAUAUUGCAUUGGUUACUUUCCGUUUUAUGCUCUUGACAGAAUUGCUUACGUCUUGAUUUGGGAGUUUUUGAGUUCAACUGGGUUAAUUUUUCCCCCUGAAAUUUAUUAUUAAAUCAUAGCAUGUCAAACCAGUGUGACGUGUAUCUUAAGCUUGUAUAAUAAUUUAAAUAAUUAACUGCUUUUAUUAUAAUUGGUUUUACUACCUGUGGUAUCAGUGCUUAUGUGAAGAAACCUAAGCCUGAAACUUAAUUUAGUUCUAUUAAUAUAAAUUAGCAGUAAGCUAACUCGAACAAAUGAUUGUGUGCGUUUAUGUACCGUACAAUACCAAUUUUGUGCGUUUAUGUACCGUACAAUACCAAUUUUGUGUAUAUUUUUGUUGUAGCGUGCUUACAGAUAAUCACAAUAAGAAUUGUCUUUUGUCAGUUGUAAAGAGAAAUCGCAAUAUCACUAUCUAAUAAUAUAAAUAUAUUAUGUAAUUUAACGUAAUUAUCGAGAUUUAUCAUUUAAUUGUGCUUCUAAGCUUUGGCUUUAAUAUUUUACUCAAAUAUUUGCUUUUAAGGUCACAUAAGUUGUAACUGUUAUAUAAUACCUUUAAAUUUUAUUUUAUAGCGUAUUAAUUUAGAUUG